CAAAACAUUGGCGAGGGAACCGGUUUUGUCAAGUUCCGCUCUAUAAUCUACAGCCACGUCGUGUUUUGAUUUCAAAAUACAAUCUCUACCCAUGCUUACACCCACAAACUCUUUUAUUUUGAAAAACACAGAUCAGAUCCGCUUUCUCUCUGUCACCGUCACUUGACACGCAGAAAAGUCAAGCCGCCAUUGCCAUGUGACGUCGUGUGGCGCUUAUAAUGUGGCUUAAUGUGGAUUUGUUAACACGAAGUCGAAUUUGUUUGCUAAUAAUUUCAUGACGAUUUAAAAUGCGCGUAUUGGUGGAGUUUAACCGGUGCGCCCAGCCCUUGGAGUCACCAAUCCCGAACAUUUAGUCGGAUGCUGACAGUCGCUUGGGUGCGGCUGACAGGAGAAUAAAAAACAUACACGCAAGCUCGGGCGGAUCCCUUUCCGAGCCAUGAAGCUGGAGGUGAAGCGAAGCGGUGUGGUCACCGCAGCCGGCAGGUGCGCGCCGGAGACGGUCAACAAUGGCGCGGCGGAGCACGGCUGCCUGGAUCCCGGCACGCCGGCGAAAGCCAAAGUCACCAAGCAGAUCUCCAGGGAGAGCUUGCAGCGGAAAAAUACCGAGUGUGAGGUGUACGACGAUGGGACUAACACGUUUUUCUGGCGGGCCCACACUGUCACCGUUCUUUUCAUUCUGACGUGCGCCCUGGUCUACGUCACGCUUUUGGAGGAGACGCCGCAGGACACGGCUUACAACACCAAGAGGGGGAUUGUGGCCAGCAUCCUGGUGUUUCUUUGUUUCGGGGUCACACAAGCCAAAGAUGGACCCUUCACUCGACCACAUCCAGCUUAUUGGAGGUUCUGGCUUUGCGUCACUGUUGUCUAUGAGCUCUUCCUCAUCUUCAUCCUCUUUCAGACGGUGCAUGACGGUCGGCAGUUCAUGAAGUACAUUGAUCCCAAACUUGGUGUGCCCCUACCCGAGCGCGACUAUGGGGGGAACUGCCUCAUCUACGAUCCAGACAACACCACAGACCCCUUACACAAUCUCUGGGACAAGAUGGAUGGCUUUGUCCCGGCUCACUUCCUGGGUUGGUACAUAAAGACACUGAUGAUCCGGGACUGGUGGAUGUGUAUGAUCAUCAGCGUCAUGUUUGAGUUCCUGGAGUACAGCCUGGAACACCAGCUGCCCAACUUCUCCGAGUGCUGGUGGGACCACUGGAUCAUGGACGUGCUGGUGUGCAACAGUCUGGGCAUCUACUGCGGCAUGAAGACGCUGGGCUGGUUGUCCAUGAAGCCUUAUCAGUGGCAGGGCCUGUGGAACAUCCCCACCUACAAAGGAAAGAUAAAGCGCAUCGCCUUCCAGUUCACGCCGUACAACUGGGUAAAGUUCGAGUGGAAGCCUGCGUCUAACCUUCGGCGCUGGCUCGCCGUGUUGGGCAUCAUAUUCAUGUUCCUGCUGGCGGAGUUGAACACCUUCUACCUGAAGUUUGUGCUGUGGAUGCCUCCGGAACAUUACCUGGUGCUGCUGCGACUGGUCUUCUUCGUCAACGUGGGGGGCGUGGCCAUGAGGGAGAUCUACGACUUCAUGGACGACCCGAAGUUCCACAAGAAGCUGGGCCAGCAGGCGUGGCUGGUGGCGGCCAUCACCGUGACGGAGUUCCUCAUCGUGGUCAAGUACGACCCCAACACCAUCAUGCUGCCCAUUCCCUUCUUCAUCAUGCAGUGCUGGCUGCUGGGCCUCCUCCUCAUCCUCCUAUGGACCCUCUGGCGCUUCUUCAUCCGUGACAUCACACUCCGCUACAAGGAGACACGGCGCCGCAAACAGGAGGACCCCGCAGACAGAGAUCGACCUGUCGGCAACGGCAGCACAGGUGCUUCGUCAGGGCGAAGCAAACUGAACGGCGCCUCGGACGUCCUGAGACAUAGGAAGUCCUGAGUGGCGGCCUACAGCAUAAGAGGAUGUAACACCAGGACUAGAACUGUGGGCCAGUGCCUACUGGAAGAAAGGCAACUAGUAUUUAGUGGGCUUGGUUUUUGUUAUUUAAGGUCUUCUAGUGCAUCACCUGACACCACAGUGCUACCGACGAUGACACCAACGCCAUUACCAGACUGUAGACAUGCUUUUAUUUUGGUGGGGCAACCUCUGUAUGAGUUCAUGUUGAUGAUCGCACUUUCACUCAAACUGACAAAAACAUUUCCGUUUUUUCGUCCUCCUGCCAAAGCCUUGUCGCUCCUCUCAGGACAAACGUUUAAGAAGUGCGUGCUGAUGUUGUGCAACAUGUACCUCCGUACAUUUUGUCUGUCUGGGAAAGCAACAGUCAGAGCUUCAUUGAAAACCAAACUUUCCUCUUCCAUCUUGUUUUUUUCUUAUGUUUUGAGUAAGUUAACACUUAAAAGAACUCACUCAGCUGAAGCAUAAACAUCUUUAAUUACUGAAGCCAUAAUUUAAAACCUCACCAAAAUGAAAUGUAUUUUAUUGCACAUUUUAUUUUAUUUUUGUUCCAAUGUUAUAAAAAGUACAUUGUUUUUUUUUUCUACAUUCCAGAGUUGUACUUAAAAGCAUAAAGGUGUAUCAUCUGCUGCAA